UCAAAAGUACGUACGGACAUUGCUGCUGGCGGUGUGCGUGUGUGUGUGUGGUUGUAAUCAAUGGCAAGAAACAUGGCAGCCGUAUUGAAUAGCUAAACAGGGUUGAUGAACUAUAGGUGUGUGGUUGGUUGGUUGGUUUGGCAUUCAGGAUAGUUGACGUCGGUGCCGAAUAUUAGAUAAUGGCUGCCCGUACCUACGCAUCGCAAUCCGAUCUGGCGCUGCAGUUCCCUUCGGCGAGCUUGUAUUAAUUUCACACAGCAGACAACCCAUCGGCCAGAGGUCACACGUCAAACGAGAUAAUGUACCAAUUAAAUGUUAUUAAACUGGUGCACCUUGCAAAGCUAAGCAGAAAGCCUAGGUUUGAAGGUAGAUUCUCAGCUUAUUUUCAAUUACUUUGCCCUUGAUUUUCUUUUCAACUGGAAAGUUCUAGGAAAAGUUAUCGAUUUUAAACAUUUCCUGAUCUGCAUAAAAAAACUUGCGAAGACCUCACUAACAGUAUCAAAGCGAUAUUCAGCUGCUGUUAAUUAAGCGGAACUCAUUAAUAUCUUGUUACACCGAUUCUAGCGCAAAAACAAAAACCCAAGCACGAGAGCACCAUAAUCGAUCAGCAACAGUGAGGCGGCAGUAAAACCGGUGGCCAUAAAAGAAGGAACGUCGGGCUGAAAAUUAACGCCUAGCAGCAUCCAGCGCCUGGCCCUGGCAGCCAACAUGUCUACGCAACGCAUUUGGACGACUGAUAACAACAACCACCACAGACCAGAUUAUGGACCAGAAUCGGAGAAGAGCUCCAUCGCGCAGCCCAACAUCGUACCGGCGGCCGGUAAUCCCUACCUAAUCGGUAUCCAAUCAAGAUUCCGGCGGCGAUAUUAUCACAAAUCGAUACUACUCUUUCUGCUGCUGAUAAUCUUCAUCCUGACGAUCGCUAUCAUAGUAAUAGCUUGUUUGCUGCAUUUCCCGCCGGAGAUCUGUCACACUGCCGACUGUCUCCGGUCGGCGGCCGCUCUCAAGCACAGCAUGGACCUGACGGUGGAUCCGUGCGAAGAUUUCUACCAGUACGCGUGCGGCAACUGGGAGGACGAGCAUCCGCGCCCCGAUUCGUACGCCAGCUUCGAUUGGUUUAGUGAGCGGCAGGCGAAGAUUUUACGCAACAUCCGGCACUACCUGCAGGCAAACAAUAGCGAGUUCGAUCCGAAACCGGUAGUGCAGGCGCGUGCCAUGUACGCGGCCUGCAUGAACCUCACUGCCAUGGAUCGGCUCGGUUAUGGACCGGUGCUGAAAUACCUCAAGAAAUUUAAUUUGCCUCCCUAUCCGAUGAUUCUAAACGUGACGGAGGCUGGCGAACUGCCCGUGUUUAAGGGGUACGAUUUCGAUUGGGUGCGAUCGUUGGCCAAGAUCAAACAGUUGCUUGGGAUGGAUGUGUUCAUUGGGUUCGAUGUGUAUCCGGAUCCACGGCACCGAGACUACAACCGGUUAGUGCUCGGGACUCCGGAAAGUGGGUCCGAUUUGCCAUUCAACACCGAUAUCUUGAGGCUCCUCCGGCACGGAAGAACUCGUCGCAAGCUUAUGGUAAGUGCAAAUGACGAGAGCGAUGAGGGUGCAGAGGAUGAAGCGGAUGAAGAUUCUGCGUCCGUAAGCGCGUACAAAAAGUUUAUGAUCGGUGUGAUGAAACUGUUGGUAAACCACACCGACGCGACAAUCAAGGUGGAAUCGUUUAAUGCUCAGUUCGAGAAAGCUGCCACGAUAGUGGUCCAGUUUUCGGAUUCAAUCACUAAGUUCAAUCGGGAAGCUGAAAAUGCAUCCAAGAGCACCAACUUGGAGGAUCGCCUCAACCUGCAGGACAUCGUGUACUACACGGUCGGCGACUUGCAAAACAUCACCGAUACGCAUCUCGCACCGAAAGAUCCUCUCCCGAUCUGGGAGCAGCUAGUAACCAGUGUGUUCGAAGGGAUACCCGAAGCCCAACUAAACCUCCAGGAAGAGAUGAUCCUCACCAGCAAUGCGGAUAUCCUCUACCUGAAGCUACUGGUGGAGUAUCUUUCCGUCACGCCACUGGCCCACAUCGAGCUGUACAUCUGGUGGACGGUGGUCGAGGAAUUGAUUCUCCACACCACGAUGGAGGUGCGCAAGCUUUACUACGAUUACUACAAAUCGAUCACACCUUCGGAUGGAUUUAGCUCCCGGACACUGUACUGCACCGGCACGGUAAACCGUCUCCUUGGAAUGGCCGUUAGUUAUGCGAUCUCAAGCGAAAACUUCACACAACACACCAAACCAAGGGUGCAGGACAUGCUGCGCUACAUCCGGACCGCUUUCGAAAGCCUCGUCCGGGACACGACCUGGAUGGAUUGGCCAACGAAAGAAUCGACUCUGCGAAAGUCGGAAGCGAUGCGAAGCUUGAUUGGGUUCCCCGAGUGGAUCCUGGAUCACCGGGAGCUGGAACAGCAUUACAGCGAGUUGAAGGUGAACGCGAGCACCCACCUGGAAAACAUGAUGGAGGAAAUACAGCGUAAAAACAUCAUCAAACUUCGCCGUUGGCGCCAAAAGCACGAACUCAGCUGGGAAACGCUGCCCACCAACGUGAACGCGUUUCACACGUUCCAGGAAAAUGCUAUAACCAUACCGAUUGCAAUCCUGCAGUAUCCGUUCUAUCAUCUAGGGCUGGAAGCACUAAACUAUGGUGCACUAGGAACUAUCCUUGGUCAUGAGCUUACACACGGCUUCGAUGAUAGUGGCCGUCAGUUCGAUAAGAACGGCAAUCUCAAGCAAUGGUGGACGAACAAAACCGUGCAGGAGUACGUUAAUCGUACCGUGUGCUUCGUUAAGCAGUACAGCCAAUACUACAUACCGGAGGCGGACGAUUAUAUCGACGGCCUGCUAACGCUCGGCGAAAACAUUGCCGAUAAUGGUGGCGUCCGGGAAGCGUUCCGGGCGUAUCAGCUUUACACGAAGAAUGCGGGCAAGGAACCGCUGCUGCCCGGCUUCGAAGGCUACACGCACGAGCAGCUGUUCUUCAUCGCGUACGGCAAUAUCUGGUGCGAGUCAAACACGCAAGCUGCCGCGAAAGCGUAUCUGGACGAUUCGCACUGUCCGGGAAAGUUUCGGCUGAAGGGUGUGCUUACCAAUUCGCCCGAGUUUAGCCAAACGUUUGGCUGCAAGUCUGGCAGCGGGAUGAAUCCCGGCAAGGACAAGUGCCGCAUAUGGUAAGCGGAAGGCGCGCGUUUCAGAAGAUGAAUAGAGGUGCCAGCAUCAGGUGGCAGCUACUCUGCGCCCAGGUUUCGGCACGUGGUAAGCAAGGUUAGAAAUGUGACACCUAGCGUUAAAUUAAUAAAACGCAACUCUCUUUUGUGGACGUAAUGAGUGUCUGGUGUGAUGCUGCACAACUUGCCGUAUGAUGUGUGAUACUGUUACUAGUGUGAACAUAACUUAGCUAGCGGGAACAAUUGCCUUCUUGGAGGGGUGGGAGCAGAUGGUUGAGAAGAGUGUCUUAUAUUGCAAUGUUUUAAUGAGAUAGUUUACUAAAUGUUGAAAUAAAAGUUUUCAAAAGUU